CUGACGUAGGUUUCGCCGGCUGCUGGCGUAACUUCCCUUUCAGGCUGCGCGAUCUUGAAUGAAGUCGCGCGCUCUACCGGUUUGUGAAACAAGAUGAGAUCGUCUGUUCGUCUUUGUGCCCCACGCGACCUCCUACUCAUGUCAUGCAUAGCUGUGUGUUUUCCGUCAUCUGAUGGAGCUCUGAAGGAAGAACCUCGAGCCAUUUGCCCGGUUACGGAAAUUGAAGCAAAGGAAGGUGAUGAUGUCAUCCUCCCGUUUUAUGUGGUCCCCCCUGUCAACCUGUCUGCGUUCACCGUGGACUGGUCAAGAACCAACCCGAGUGUGGUCGUCUACUCCUAUCGACACCAACAGGAGUCGCAUGAUGCAGAGAUGGAUGCAACAGUCAGACGUGAAGACCUGAACAGAGGAAGUCUGACACUGUGGAUCCCCUCAGUGCAGAUGUCCCACAGUGGAGAAUACACAGGCUUCGUUAUGGACCUCGGGAUCAAGUGUAGUGUUCAACUUAAUGUAACCAAAGACAAACUGAAAAAGCAAAAGGGGCAGGAUGGUUUCAGCACAACUGGAGCUCCUCUCGACACGACGGUGGAGAAAGUCGGUCCACGUGGUGACAUGAUGCUUAUCAUUGGGAUUGCUCUUUCUUGCGGCGUCGCUCUUCUCUUGAUUGUUCUGGGAUUGCUUGGAAAGCUCGAGGGCUUUGUGAGACGGUGCAGAGGAUGGAUCCAGCCACCAAAUGAUGAUCGCACUGAAAAUUAAACCAUCUUAUGAAAUUUAGCAGAAUGCAGUGAUUAACAAAUCUCAUGUGCUGUCCAUAAGAUGUGGGUUUAUUAUAGAAUGUGUGUCAAAUGUUUAAACUUUAAAAAAUUGUUUUGUGUGUAAGGAAAACACAAGCUCUUAGCUGUAAAUGAGGUUUUACAUGUGAACACAAUGAGUCUAGAACACGACGACAAAGUGAUGCCAGAGGUGCCUCUCAGAUGAGUUUGAAUCUCUGACCUUGUCCUUAACCUCCCAAGACCCAAACUCUCAUUUGAUGAAUUUGUAAUUUGUCUUUGUUAUUUGGACUGAGACCUGGUGAAUGUAAAAACAAACCUGAUGUAGUUUCUGAGAAUCUGAUAUCAGGCUUUGUACAGCAAAAUUGAGGAACUGUAGCCUAGACGACCCAAAAUAAUCAUGUUCACAUAUGUGGGAGGUUAAGGUCAGAGUUCAAAUUUUCUCAAAACUUGAACUCGCAUGUCACCUAUGAUUUUCAUAUUGCUAUCACAUCUAUCUGUCCUACAUUUUGCUGCUUCCAUCAAAGUCAAAAUGAGCUAAUGUUGUUCUGAAAAUGACACUUUCUCAGUUUAAACUUCUGUUUGUGUUCUGCUGUGAAUGUAAUGUGGGUUCAUUGGAUUUGCACAUAUAUUUUGUACAUUGAAACUUUGCGAGGCUGGCCUUGUGUGUGUGUGUGUGUGUGUGUAAUGACUUUUCCUAGAGCAAUAAUGUGAAUAAAUAAGUUUGUAUUUAUGAAUGUUUUAUAAAUGUUACCUUUCAUCGCUCUGUAAAGCAUUAACACAGAAACAGAUGAAUGAUUGUGUGUGUG